UUUAUACAUACAUAACAAUAACAUCAUAUCAUUUAAUUUAGUUAUAAUUAUAAUUAAAAACAAACAAAACAAUUGAUUUCUGAAUUGUCUGAAUGAAAACAAUUGCCAAACAUUUGAUCAGAAAUUAUAGUUUUAGUUAUAAUUGUCUUAACAGUUGUUGUCGUCGUCUAUGUCAUCAAAUGAGUGAACAAUUAUCAGCUGAAAACACUGUCGUCCAAAAAACUGAUGGAUUAGUCGUCGAUCCCGAGUUGAUGGCCACCAGUAAUGUUGACAGUAAUGACAGAUCAGAUGAGUCAUCGGCUGCCAAACGACUGAAGACUAGCAAUGAUGAUGAUAACGAUGGCGGCGAAGGCGGCGGUGGUAUUGAUCGUACAGUUCAGUCAACAUCAUCGGCGGUAAAUCAGAGACCAAAUUUCAAGCGAGAGAAAAAUCUCAAAUGGGCUCUACUUCUUAGUUAUUGCGGUCAACGAUACUAUGGUAUGCAAAGACAGAUCAAAUCGGACAUCGAUUUCCCGACCAUUGAAUACCGACUAUUUGAUGCGCUACUGAAGGCCGGUAUUAUCGGCGAAGAUAAGUUCAAUGAACAACACUUGUGUCGCUUCCAGAGAGCCGCCCGUACGGACAAAGGUGUCAGCGCUAUCAAACAGAUUUGUUCGGCACAAUUGCCGGCCAAUUUCCGCGACCGUAUACCCGAAGUCAACGAACAUUUACCCGAACAGAUACGCUUAGUGGACAGUAUACGGGUUACGAAAUUUUUUGACGCCAAAAACUAUUGCGACGCCCGAACCUAUAGCUAUCUGAUGCCUACAUUUGCAUUGACCGAUAUUGAAGAUCUUACCCAACAAUCCUAUCGGCUAUCGGCCGAAAAACUCCAAGAAUUCAAUGAUAUCUUAGCGAUGUAUUUGGGAACUCAUAACUAUCAUAAUUUUACGUCAAGUAAAGCCCCAACGGAUGCCAGUGCUAUGAGAUAUAUAAUGUCGAUGGACUGUAGCCAACCGUUUAUGAUGAAACAGUUGAUGGAGUUUGUAGUGAUUCGUGUUAAGGGCCAGUCGUUUAUGUUGCAUCAGAUCCGCAAAAUGAUUGGACUGGCCAUAGCUGUGAUGAGAGGUUUGACACCAAAAGAUACCAUUUUAAGGGCUUUCGAUAGCAAACGUAUUGAUAUACCGAAAGCUCCCGGUUUGGGACUACUGCUCGAAGAAGUUCAUUAUGAAAAAUAUAACGACAAGUAUGGCGGCGACGGUAUUCACGAAUCGAUUAGUUGGGAAACCAUGAAAGACACUAUCGAUCAGUUCAAACAUCAGCACAUCUAUCCGGUGAUUGUCGAUACAGAACUGAACGAGUUGUCAAUGUUUGAAUGGCUGAAGACAUUGAUGUAUCAUACGUACGAUGAAAGGGAACAAAAAGCUAACGAAUUGAUCCGUAAGACAUUGUCAGCCGAAGAGAGUGUCGAAGAUAGUCUUCGACAAGUGUCGAGAAGUAUGUUCUGGAAAGCCAAUAGAAAAGCAAACAAUUCUAAUGAAGAUAAUACUAGUGGUAACGAUAAUAAUGAUAAUAAAGAUAAUUGUAAUGAAUUGGAUAAACAAAUUAGUAAUAAUAAUAAUAAUACCAAUAAUACCAAUCAGAGUUAUGUUUAG